AUGCUUCACAAAGCGAUCCAGGCGGCACGUGAGGGCGAUCUGGAAGCUCUCAGGAUCCUGCGGGCAUCUGGGGUUCUCACACCAGGCAUCGCUGAUGAUCAGGGGGCCACAGUGGUUCAUCAUGCUGCACGUGGAGGGCAGAUAGAGUGUCUGCACUUCCUGGUGAAAGAGGCAAACUUCAAAGGGAACGCACGCGCCAGAAACGGAGCCACGGCCGCCCACGAUGCCGCCGCCACCGGGCACGUGCAGGAGCUGCAGUGGCUGCUGGUACACGGGGGGUGCAGUCUGGAGGAUCAGGAUGGUGAAGGAGCCACAGCUCUGCACUUGGCGACUCGGUUCGGUCGUGCUGAGGCUCUGCAGUGGCUCCUGACUGCAGGGGGCAGCGCUGAGCUCCAGACCCACUCUGGGGCUCUUCCUGUUCACUAUGCCGCUGCAAGCGGAGACCUCACCUGCCUCAAACUGCUCGUGUCCCAUUCACCACGCUGUGUGGACCAUCAGAUGCACACCGGAGCCACGCCCCUUUACCUGGCCUGUCAGGAGGGGCAUCUGCAUGUGGUAGAGUUUCUGGUGAAGGACUGCAGUGCAAACGUCCAUCUGCAGGCCCGAGACGGGAUGAACGCCCUGCAUGCUGCCGCCCACAUGGGCCACCAUGCCCUGGUGGUCUGGCUGGCGUCCUUCACAGACGUGGACUUGUCAUGUCAGGAUGUGAACGGAGCCACAGCGCUGCACUUCGCUGCCAGUGAGGGACACCAUCGCAUCCUGGAGCGUCUGCUGUUCAUGGGCGCCCAAAUCCUGACAGACCGCUGGGGCGGGACACCACUGCAUGACGCUGCAGAGAACGGAGAACUCAAGUGUUGUCGGAUCCUGAUGGAGCAUCACGUCAGUCCACUGGAGAAGGACGUGGAUGGGUUCAGUGCAGUGGAUCUGGCAGAAUAUAACGGCCACCGUGAAUGUCCGCUCUCCUCCAAGCACCUCAGGUGGGUUCAGAACCUGUGUCAGCCGGUGAAGGAGGUUCAUCCUCAGCCUCACCUCUAUCCAUUCAACCCUGAUUCUUCAACCUCACAAUCCACUAGAACUGGAAUGAACUCCAUUCAACAUGUCCAAGUGGCAUCAGCAGUUGUGUCCACCAUGAGAAAGUACUCAGAGGAAAGAGAGACACCGGCGCCUCAAAAGAAGUCCAUAAGAUCCUGGAGACAUGCAGGAAUAACAGCAGUCUUUACUAGACAUGUGAAACAUGACAAUGGAAUGGUUGCACUCCCAGCAGAGGAGGUGAAUCUCGCUGAUAUAGACUCAUUGGUUCCGACACAUGAUGAACAUGGCAGACCUAUUGCAGAGUGGAAGAGGCAAGUGAUGGUGCGUAAACUUCAAGCAAGGCUUCAAGAUGAUGAAGACCAAUGGAGAAAGGAUGACAAUGCUAUGGAUGGCUGGAGAUACUCCAAGGUUCACAAUGCUAUUUUGGGCCCCUUUGGUGAGUUGCUAACAGAGGAUGACUUGGUCUACUUGGAGGGACAGAUCGAAACUGUUUCCCUGCAGAAAAAGUGUCAGGCCUAUGAGCUGGAGUUAAGACGUCUGGCUGAGCAACUCCAAACUCUCCUACCUGCUCCCAUUGUUAACAUCACCAUCAACACUCAGUUCCAGCAGAAGCCAGAGGUGGUGGACACCCUUGCACUUCCCGUCUGGUGCAACCGUAUCUCAGGCAUUGUGAAGAGCAUGUCCUUGCUUCUGAACAACAUCUCAGACAAAAACAUAGAGGAAGGUAUCUGCAAAAUGCCCAAUGAAGAACUGGCGUCAAUGUUCUCAACCCAGCCAGGAAGGCAUAAGGGCAAGCGAGAGAAGAUGGAAAUGGAGAUCCAGCUGUCAGGAGUUUCUGUACGGAAUCUAAGGUCCACCUUUGAAGGUCAGAUUGGGAACAUCUAUCCAUUUUCAGGGAUGUUAAACGUGUCUAAGUCCAAUCCUAAGCAGCAGAAUGUCCCAAAUCCUUCAAAAACAGUGGUUGUCCUCAAUCAAGACCUCAAUCUUGUGAAUGAUUGCAACCUAAAUUGCCAACAUACCACCAGUGAAGAAUCAGCUAAGGUUCUGGAGACCAUCAGCUUGCGUAAAGAGAGAAUUGUUGUCUUGUUCUUGGGACACUGGAAAAAGUCUGCCUAUGCAAUCUCAAAGAGGGCUAAAAUGAAAGAAGAACUGGACACACAGAGAUCAGCUGAGACUUACAUCAAAGGUCACAGUGAUCCGACUCCAGUCCCUCAGUUGACUGAUGGCUCCUUGUAUCAUCUCUACAGACAAAGAACAGCGAUAGACAAAAUGAUUCGGAACUGGAGGGCCAUCAAUUCAGGGGUUCCCUCACGCCAGAUCCGGAACCUCCAGAGAAAAACGGUCACUUAUUCUCCUGAGCACUUCCUCCCUCGAGUAGAUGGUGCACCUGUGCCUUAUGAAAGCUUGACCCUUGACUUGUUCAUGCUGGGGUACUUCCGCAUCCUGGAGCAAGACCUGCCUGCUGAAGAACGCAAAAUGAGACACCUGCUUUGCUUUGAAGUAUUCGACCAUGUCAGGGACUUCCCAUGGGAGACAGUUAGAGAUUUCCAUCAGGCUGUCCUGGGAGACAUAGAGAAUGGGAAACGGCAAUGGAAAGAUGGAUUUGAAGACAUCAAGGCCCGUUUCUUUGGGACAAAAACAAAGGCUCCAGCCAGGAGGUCUUUGAAGGACUCUGAGGUUAGGACAGUUCCUACAGUCAUUGUUGAGGAUGUUGUGCAAGAUGUAGGAAGCCAAAGAGUGGAUGGGGGCACAGACUGGUCAUGUUUUACUAAUGAUGAAAUCUGUAAAUACAUCGACCGUAGCUUUGUUUUCUGGAAGGAGAAAGAAGCCGAGUUGUUUGACUUUGAACAUUAG